UUAUGACUGUGUGCUUGCGUCACUUUUUUUUUCCUUUUUAUUUUAGAAAUAACUUAGAGAUUUGGAUCAGAUAUCAAAGAUGUCCUAAUCGAAACGAAACUAAACCCGGAAGUUCCGGUCGCUCAGAGGCGACAGCUCAGCGCCUCCCAGCCCCCUGAUCCUCCGGUUGAGUCGCCUGUCGGGACACUCAUACAACCAUGGCUUUAUCGUGUCGUAAAGCGUGAUUAAUCACACCAAGAUGAUGAGCGACAUUAUCGAGGAACAAGAGAAGGACACGCUUCUGGAGGCACGGCCCGGCACGCAGGAGCUGGCGGGUCCUGUCGGAGGGGCCCGACCCAAGACCUCCGAUGGAGGGCUCCGCCCCCUGGAGAAGAGGGGGCCCUACAUCAUGUCCAGAGUUCCGGCCAUCCACCUUAAACUCAAGAAACACCGGGAGUUGGCCAGGAAAGCUCUGAAGAAGAAGUCUCUGACCGCAGGCGCUCCUGUGAUGCAGCAGCCGAGACAAGGCCCAAAGAGAGCCAUGAAGUUCAACAAGGGUUACGCCGCGCUCAGCCAGCACGCGGAGGACACCCUGGUGGUGCUGGACUCGGACAGUGAUGAAGAGGUGGAGCAGUACUCCUCAGGCUAUUCCUCAGCAGAGGUCCAUCCAGACCUGAGCCGUCAGCUCCUGCAGGAUGGCUACCGUCUGGACGAGGUCCCGGACGACGAGGACCUGGACCUCAUCCCCCCCAAAGCCAUGGGCUCCUCUGGGUGCUGCUGCCUCCAGGUCCCCUCCUGCUGCAUGCAGUGAGACCGCCUCCUCCACCAACACCAUCACCUCCUCCACCAACACCACCGCCACCUCCGGAUCCCCUCCUCUCAUAUCAUCCUCAGUGACCAGGAGACCCUUCACCCCUGAUGGGGAAGACCUGAGCUGCUGAGCCCAACCCCCUGCCCCCCCUGCCCUCACUGAGUGACGUCGGUGGUGCUGGUGGUGCUGGAGAUGUGCAGUCAGCAGCAGUUGAGCAGCACCAGUGAGGAGCACGGACCCUUUCCCACUGUGACGCCCCUCAGAAGCGGUUGGUUCUUUUAACAGCUGAGACAAAACGCUGGCCCCGCCCACGUCCGGCUGGCCCCACCCAUGCCGGCUGACCCCGCCAAUGACCCCUGCUGGUGGCUGGGUCCGUAUCUGGAGUCACAAUAGCGCAGCAGGUUCCCCUUGGGGGGUACUGGGACAGCGACUACAGACCAGUAACUCUUCAUAGCCCCAGUCCAAUCCUCCACUCUUCCAAUCUCCCAGUCCCCCCCCCCCCCCCCCCCCCCCUGUUGGUCUGUUCGGUUCCUGUUGGUUUUUACAUCGUGGCUCCCAUCGACUUUUAUCACUGUUUAUUUACAACACAAUGUGUAAUGUUACAUGACCUAAUAUUGUCUUAAAUGUCUCCCACUACUGCAUUGAGGGAUGUGUUGCAACACCUUCCGGCUGAGAGUUGGAUUGUUAUCUGGCUGCUCUCACUACCUCUGUGUUUCCACCAGUGUUUCCACCAGAUGUUCUGAGCGUGAGUGGAGGCGUUCAUGUGUGUUUGACUGUGGAAACUAGAGCGUGUGACACAGCCGUCUCUUCAACCACAUGUGAGGCAGAACUGUACCCCAGAAUAGACGGCUUCCAAAAUAAUAUAUACUGUAUAUAUAUCUAAACACACACACACACCCACCCACCCACACACACACACGCACACACACACACGCACACACACACACACACACACACACACACACACACACACACACACACACACACACACACACACACACACACACACACACACACACAAUAUUAUAUAUAUAUAUAAUAUUGGCAAUACAAGCAACACACAUCAGCCUAUGCUAAAGAGAAACAUGUUAUAUAGGAGAAGGAAUAUGACAAACCUGUUGAUUCGGUAUUACCAUCAAACUUAGACCAAACCACAAAUCUAAACGGCACCUUUUAAUUCCUCUUUACAAUGCAACAUCCUCCCUCCCAUGUGCACUAGUGUUUACUCAGUCUAUGUUACCACGGUAACGCAGUGGCUUGCUGCCUGCUAACAAAUGCCUGGACCAGACGACCCGAGAGGCAGAUGACAAGGCCAACUCGCUGCAGGGGUGAUCGAUGCUGAGCUGAAGUGUACAUUGAAGAAAGUCUCUUUCACCAUGGGUCUCUGUGAGUGGUGAUGAACGCGCCGUAUAUGUUUGAGAAAACGACCUCUGAGGGACACCUCUCUGUCUUCGGCGCUCUGCGUGUUCUCUCUGUCUUCACUGGACUUGACGACAAGCAGAGAUCAUUAUAUAGUUAACGUCUGUCUACUUUAUUGCUACAUCUGUCUACCAGUCUGGUCAUUUACUUUGCAAAAAUGUCUGUGUUACUGAGUGCUGGAAACAAUAACUUGAAAUUGUUACUUUAACCUAAUAUCACACUACUUAUUACUAUUAAUUUUUGUAUUAUAACUUUUAUUUUACUUCACUGAAUAAAAUAUUAUCUAAACCAUGA